GAUUCCUCUAGUUUCUUGGAAUCUGCCUUCACCAGAAAUAAAUAUUACCAAGUUAAAAAGCAAGGGACCUCUACAGAAGAGUGCUAAGGAUGAGAAUUCUGAAAAUGGAGUGGGCACUUUUGGGAAAGAUGAAAAGCUCAUUACUGAUACAUGGCAAAGAGCAAUAACAGCGAUAUCAAAUAUGGUAACAGCUGAAAUACAGUCUAAAGACAUGGAGGAAGAAAAAGAACGUCAGCAGCUAGAACUGAAAGAAGAAGAUAAGAAAUCUUCACAGACACCAUCAGGCAAAGCUACUGGGAAAGCUGCCAAAGGUGCCAAAAAGAAAGUGUCAGUAGUCUCUUUUCUUGCAGGACCACCUUCUACCACACCUGUAGUUGAAGUCAGUCCAGUUUCUAUAACCCCAGAAGAAUUAGAGAAACGAGAACUGAUGUUUAAAAUAAAGCAAGAAUAUUUCAGUGCCUUGAAACAUGAGGAGGUAGCUGCAAAAUCUCGGCUAGAACUGAUAAAAGGAAAAGCUUUAGCAUUUGUUGAAGAGCUAACAAUGAAAGUAGAAGAGGUUUAUAAAGAUAUGGAAAAGUGGCUUGGAUCCAGGUUCUUGGCAGAAAUGUCCAGUGUGGAAAAGCUGAUUGAGGUUGCACGACAUCAUAUUGAGAGUUCUAGCAAAAUCCAGUAUGAAAUUACUUUAGAAGAAACAGAUUUCUUCAUCAGCAGUGAUAUAAAAGUGAUCCCUGACCCUGUUCCUCCACCACAUGUUCAACAUGUAGAGACCUCUGGAAGUGGUACUCUAACUAUUUCACAACUUACUACACUUCAUAAGCAGUUUCUACAGGUGGCACCUAAAGCCAUAAGAGCACUGAAGCAAUUUAAAAGCAAGAAUAAUUCAUCUAACAAGAGAGAAGUUGGUGACAGAGGGAAGAAGAAGGAUUUGGAACAUCAGAGAACAAAGAGGAAUCGCCAAUUUCCAAAAAUAUGGCUAACAAAAUACUCCUGGUUAAAAUAUGAUGAUGAAAGGGGAAUAAUGUUUUGUGCACCAUGUCGUAAGCAUAAUGUGGAUUUGGGGGAAACCAUUCAUAAUUUUUGUUCUGGCACUGAUGACUUCAAACUUGAAUUUAUAAAUACACACCAGAGUAGUGAAGCUCAUGCCUGGGCUACCUGCAUGGAAGCUGCCAGUACUGCUUCACCAGAUAGAGCUUCUGCUGAGCAGAUGUUGAAGAGCAUGAACUCCAUAACAUUAGGUAGAGUAGAAAAUAUUUUUAGAACAUGCCAUGCUAUUGCUAAAUCUGGUCGUCCCUUUACAGACCUUGACUGGAUGUGCAAACUAGAUGAUAUGAAAGGAGUGGAUAUUGGUUCUGUAUUUAGAAAUGACAAGUCAGCAAGAACGUUUAUACAUUUUAUUGCUGAAGUAGAAAGAAGAGCUUUGAAAGAGAAACUGCAGAAGUGUAAAUUCUUUUCUGUUAUUAGUGAUGGAGUUACAGACAGUAUACUCAAAGCAGCUGCAGUUGUCUACGUACGCUUUGCAAAUGAAGGAAAAGUCCAUUGCCAGAUUGUUGGGGUUCAACCUGUUCACAAAACUGAUGCUUCAGCUAUAAAAAAUGCAAUUGAGGAAACAUUGCAAAUAAAUCUUCAGCUCAGUCUGGCAAGCCAAGACUGGUCAAGAAAAUUAGUUGGCUUUGGAAGUGAUGGGACAGAUGUCAUGGCAGGAGAAACCAGAGGGGUAGCUAAACUUCUGAGGGAAAUUCAGCCUUGUGUGCAGUCUGUCCACUGUUUCGUGCACCGCCUAAAGCUAGCUUACAAAGGAGCACUGAAAAAUAUUCAGCUAUACAACAUCUUAACCAAUGUCUUAAGAAAUAUUUAUUACUUAUAUCAUAACUCACCUCUAUAUAAGAAUAAUCUCAAAGCCACCUAUGAAGCCAUUAAGUUACGCCCAGCUAUUCCAUCUCGCAUUGGAGGCUCCCAGUGGAUUCCUCGUCUACAGACAGCUCUACAAAUUCUUCUUAAAGGUUAUCCUGCAAUUGUUCUACAUCUGAGUAAGAUUCAAGGAGAUUCAAGAGCCUCAGACCAGCAGAAGGUCAAAGAUCUUUUACACCUCCUUCUGAAAAUGGAGAUAGUCAAGUUUUCUCACUUCUUGUUGGAUGUCAUCAAUGUCCUCAACAUUCUCUACCGUGUUACUCUGGAUCACAACUCCUCCAUUGCAGACAUAUUUUCAACUGUGCAGUCAACACUGGAAACACUCCACAUGUAUCAAACAAGAGCUGGUCCAAAGGAGCACCUGAUGGAGACCAUUCAGCAGUUUCAUGGUUACCAGCUUGUUGGAAAUGGAAAUAUUUCAGCAGUACGAAACAAAAUACUAAGUAAUUUGGUGAAGAGGCUAAGUGAUUGUUUUUCUGAUGCAAAUCAAGAUGUUUUGAGAGCAACUACUAUUGGAAGUUUUAAACUAUGGCCUGACAGAAUGAAACAAGCAUAAAAAUACUGUUGUUUUGCCUCUGUUAUAGAAUUUGGUGAAAAGGAAGUGUCUGUCUUGACUAAACAUUAUGAAGUCAUACUGGAAGCUGCUAGUGUGAAAACAGGUGAAGUAGAAACUGAAUGGAGCAUGUUGAAAAUAGAGCUGUAUAACAGAUUUCAGAACAUCCAGACUUUGACAUGGGAUUCAGUGAACUCAGAUUAUUCAAAGAAGUAUCCCAACAUUCUGACAUUGGUAGAUUUGAUUCUAACUCUGCCAGCAAGCUCAGCUGAAACAGAGCGAGGCCAGUCAAAUGAAACUCACCAUGAUGCAUUUGCACUCUAA